AUGCAUAUGUACUACUGGUGGUUUUUGGCCAUAAUGGUAAUGCUACGCAGUCGUUGUCACGGCUACGUGGCAUGGGACAGAUUCGAUGGAAAGGUCCAGUGCAAAGGCUGCACGUCGAACGAUUGGCGGAAUGAAUUUCAUCCCAGAAGAACAGAGCAAGAAUGGCCAGACAUGGAGAAUAUCUUCUACCAAGUUCGAGCAUCGGAUGGGCGACGGCUACUUGAGAAAAAGCAAAGCAGCGACCAACAUACUUGGAAGAAAUUCUCCACCGCAUUACAGCAGCAGCUGGGCUGCAUGAACGAUAUGAACAGCGUGAACUGCAUCGCCAGAGGAUUUGGAAAAUGA